AUGGCAAAAUCGUCAAAAUCAAGGAAUUCAGAAAAUACAGAAGAAAAUACAACACCAAUAAUAAAGAAAAAACCAGUUUCAAAAGGAAAGAAAAAACAGUCAGAUUUAUUUGAAUCAAUAAAAAAGAAAUGUAAUUUACAAAGAGUUUUAGAUGAUUGGAUUGAUAGAUAUACAGAUCAAGAUCCAGAAAAAGCAGUUUGGGAAUUAUUAGUAUUUUUAUUUGAAUGUGGUGGUGCAGAUACAAAUAUAACAUUUAAAGAUUUUAAAGAUUUAGAUAUUGGAGUUGCUGCAACAUCAAUUGUUGAACAAAGUGAUUCACAACAUUAUCCAUUGGGUAAUAAGAGAUCAAAGAUAUUGAUAGAGAAUUUCAAUCAAUUUUGGAGUGAGUUAGUAGAGAAAUGCAAAAAGUCCAUAAUAUUUGACAACUACCUAUUGGACAUGGUUGCCCUAUGGUUGCAUGAGUUGUCGUUCGCAGCAAAGCGUGGUAUUCGUCAUGUUGCAACUCAGGCUGCCAUUCAAAUUACGUCAUCGUUGAUAUCGAUUUGCAAUGAUUUGAGAAAGGAUUUAAAUGUUACCACUAGACAAUUGGCGGGUGAGACAAAGAAUAGCUCACGUCAGAAACAACUCAAGGAUAAUCAAUUACAGACAUCUAAUAGAUUGAAAUCGAUGGAAUCCAUAUUGAUCGUGAGAUUGUUCACUGGGGUGUUUUCAUCACGUUUCAAAGACAGUCUGCCAGAGAUGAGGGCCCUUUGCGUUAUACCCUAUUGCAAUUGGAUAUUGGAAUACCCAAUUCAAUUGUUGAAUCAUCAAAAUUUGAAAUUCAUUGGCUGGCUAUUGGGUGACCAUUCGAAUGAGCCUCGUCAAGCGGCAAUUAGUGGUCUUUGUAUUUUAUAUUCCAACGAGAAUUACAUCAAUCAAUUGGAUCCGUUCACUCAAUGUUUUAAACAUAGAAUUGUGGAGAUUGCAUUCUCUGAUAAAACUCCAUCCAUUGCUGUUGAGGCAAUUCGUUUGGUUAGUAUAAUGUCUACUUUGGAUCUAUUGGAUGAAUCGGAUGUUCAAAAGAUAUGUACACUCUAUCUAGUUGAUCAACCAGAGAUAUCCAAAGCAGCUGGUGGUUUAAUAUUUUCAAAGUAUCUUUUAUCCACUCAAACUAAAAUCGAUACAACUUUGUCAAAUAUUAUAAAUUCAACUUCAGCCGCUUCCACCACGUCAGGUCAGCAUGCUAGAAAGAAAUCAAAAACUACUAAUCUCACAUCUGCAGAUUUAGAUGAACAACAACAACAACAAAUUAGCUCACAAAUUUAUCAUCAUCGUGAAACUCAAUUGAAUGCACUAUUGGAAUUUUUAGAUAAAACAGUUAUACCUGAUGAACCUUAUUAUUUGGUUCAAUCACUUUGGUCAACCAAUGGUAAAUCAUUCUUUAUUGAUUGGCCAUUUUGGGUGGAUUAUUUAGAAUCUAUUGAAAGUAAAAAUAUCAAUGAUAAGCAAAUGGGUAUGAUUUGUAAAUUUUUAAGUGCUUCCAUUAGAAUCGCUGUUAAUGAUAAAGUAAAUAUAUUCACUCCACCUCAAUUACAUCAUUUAGCUCAAUACCGUGCUGAACAUUCUUCAGCAACAAUUUCAACAACAACAGCAGCUCCAAUGACAAUUAAUACAGAUGGUGAAAUGGAGGUUACAACAACUCAACAAGCUCCAGUCACAAAAAGAAGAGGUAGAAAAUCUGCUACUACUGCUGCUCCUAAACAAAAACAAAAAUCACAAUCAAAAUCUAAGCAACAAAAUGAAGAGGAUGAAGAUAACGAUGAUGAUGAUGAUGAAACUAAUGAACAAAAUCAAGAUGAAGAUGAUGAAAAAUCAGAUUCAAUUAAUGAGAGUAUGUGUCGUGAAAUUACAGGACAAUUUAUUAUUAUCUUACCAGAGUUACUUGUAUUAUAUCGUGCAAAUACAAUUGUUUGUCAAAGUUUAAUUGAAAUUGCUCGUUACUUUGUUUUAGAUUGCUAUGUAACCCUUAGAUUACAAUCAAAAUAUACAGCAUUAUUGGAGGCAAUUAGCGAUAUAUUCACUUCUCAACCAAAAACCCAACUUAUCGAUACCAUAUCAGUCACAUUGGAAAAUUUAUUAAAUAAUGGUAAAACUCCAUCACAAUUAGAAACUGCAUCAAAAGCUGCACUUCAUAAUUUAUUCACUGAAUUAAUUGAUACACUUCGUUUAACAAAAAUUACUCAACAACCACCACAACAACAACAACAACAACAAUCAUCACAACAAUCUCAAGAUUCAAUAGCAAAUAGUCAAGAUCAACAACAACAACAACAUUCUUCAUCAUCACAAUCAGAUACAACAAACAACAGCAAUAAUAAUAAUAAUAAUAAUAAUAAUGAAGAAGAAAGUCAAGUUUUCCCAGUAAUUAGUACAUUAUAUAAAUUGGAAAGUUUAUGUAAACAGUUUAAUUUUUCAGAUGAAAAGUUUGCAAGUAUGAUUUUUAAAUUUACAGAUGGUAGUGUUAAUGGUAUUCCAAUUCAAACCAUUGAUGAUUCAGAUACAAUUAUCAUUCAUUCAACAAGUAUAUACUCUCAAUUAUUAAUGUGGUCAUUAUUUUCUGCAAUUCCUUCAAAAUUCUAUCAAAUCGAUCCAAUGAAUGUUAAUAUUCUUCAAAUGUUUUAUCUUUUAUCUUCAAGAGUUAUUUCAACUUUAAAAAAUGAUGAAAUUACUCAUAGAUUAAGACAUUUUAUGUUUACAACUUUUAUUGAAACACGUUCAUUAUUUUCACCAGUUUUAAAUUUAACAAAUAUGACAGUAUAUGAUAUUAGUUUACCAUCAGAAAAUUUAUUACUUAAAAAUAUUUCAUCAUUAUUUUCACAAGAAAAUGAAUAUUCAUUGACAUAUUUAAAGGUAGAAUUUAUAAAGAAUCAACAAAUUAGUUUAGAGAAAAAGAAGUUGGCAGGAAUUAAUAAAUCAAAGAGAAAGAGUGGUGGUAGUAAAAAAUCAACUGGUGCUGGUGCAACUUCUGAAGAAGAGGUAACAUCACACUCUGAAAAGGAAACUUCUGAUCAUGAAACUGAUACAAAUCAACAACAACAACAAAAAAUCAAAGAAGAUGAUCUUCAAUUAUUGAAUGACUUUAUACCAGAUCAACAAUUUGGUGAAAGAGCAGUAGAAUUAGUUACUACCAUUUGUAAUUGUAUUAAAUAUUCAUUUGUAACACAAUCAACUCAAUUGUUUAGAUCAUUAUUGAAACAGAUUGCAUUAUCAUCUUCAAAGAGAGCAGUAGAUAUCAUUAGAGAUUUCUUUAGAAAAUAUCCAAUUCAGUCUGGUAAAUUUGAAAUGGAAGUUGUCAUUGAUCUUAUCAAUUCAUUCCAAUCAACUUGCCUUAAAGAGGAUGUCGCUUCAAAUGCCGAUUUCCAACAUCAUAUGUUUUCAAGAUUCCGUUCCCUUUGUCAAUGGUUAGUAACUGACUUUAUUAAACAUCCUGAUACUCUCAGAGGUGUAAUUGAACACUUUUUAAAUUAUGCUUUAAAGAAUCCACAAGCUGAAAAAUUAGAAGAAUUAUUAGAAAUCUUGGAUUUCUUAGGUUCAAAACUUUCUGAAAAAUCUUCAAUUGAAUUUAUUAAAAAAAGAAUAAUAUUUAGUGAUGACUUCCAACAUAUUGAUUUAAUUAAUAAAAUUAAUAAUACUAUUGAAUUUCAAACUAUUCAAAAUCUUGAACCUUCUGGAAAAACUUCAGGUGGUAAGAAAAUAAAACAACAAUUAAAAUUUGUUUCUCCAACUAAAAAAACUACACCAAAGAAAAGAAGAAGAAAAUCUUCAAAAGAAAGUGAAAGUGAAGAGAGUGAACCUGAUAGUGAAGAAAGUGAUUAUGAAGAAGAUAGAAGAGAAGAAUUACAAAGACAAAAGAAAAUCAUAAAAGAUCAAAUUCAAAAAGAUCAAGAUCAAGAAAUUGAAGAACAAAGAGCAUCAUCUGAAGAUUCUUCUGAUUUUGAAGUUCCAACUGAUCCAAAAAAGAAAUUAAAAACUACUAAUUAA